AUGACAUCCAUCUGCUCAGCGCUCACAGGCGAACAGGUUGACGCCUACUUCGAGCGCGUCCAAUUACCGAAAACAUACCGUCGCGAUCAGCAUCCUGCAUUGGAUCUCUCUUUUUUGUCCAAUCUCCAAGGUUAUCACGUCACAGCAAUCCCUUACGAAAACCUAUCCCUUCAUUAUGCGAAGAAUGUGAAGGUUUCCCUAGAUGUGGCAGAGUUACACAAAAAGCUUGUCCGGCUGCAUUCUGUGAAUAUCGUCACCCUCGACCAGCAAAGAUACCUGAUCGACGUGGGAUAUGGAGGGAAUGGUCCUAGAUGUCCUUUACCAUUGGUCAAGGGUUCUAUUCAUAAGAACAUUGGAACCCAGACGAUGCGGUUGGUGUACGAACCUUUACCCGGGUCUCGCCAACGCCAGUGGAUUUAUCAGACCCGCAAUGCGGAAGACCAGCCUUUCUUCACAAGUUGCCACUCAGACUGCUUUCUCACAUCACAUUUGUUGGUGGUUAAGUAUCUUCGUGAAAGAGACGAGGUGUAUGGGGAGAUUGUUUUGGACGAUGACAAAGUUAAGAAGAAUCAAGGCGGGAAGAACGUGCUGGUCCAAAUGUGCAUGACCGAGAGGGAACGAGUUAAGGCUUUGAAGGAUCAGUUUGGGAUUGAGCUGACCGAGGAAGAACAGAAAGGGAUUCAAGGAAGGAUGUCGGCACUGGCGAUGAGCGAUUGUUGA